AGACAAAAACUUAACUUGUUUGAGGAGAAAGGGAACCAGAAGAAAGAAAGAGAGAGACUAAACAAAGUGUGAGUUAAACCUCACAAUCUUAGUUUGGGCUACAAUAAGCUGGCAGCUCUUUGCUGAACAGCCAGAAGUGGGCUGAAAACAAACUUUAGGAGAAUAAUGCCUCACACUCUAAGACUGGCUAGGAAUUUUUCCUCUGAGUGCUGCAGCUUCUGAGCUGCUAUUUAGCCCCCAUGGAAUGCGCAGCUUAGGUCAGCGAGAGUCAGGUAUUUUAGAUUAACUAGGUCUAAUUGCAAGUUUCCCGAAAUUUCAUUACACUUUUGGUGCUCUCAAAGUGUUGUUUCAAAAAAAACACACACACGCACACAAGGAAGACAGAUUUUGCUGCAGUAAAUAGCAUUAGAGGGAGUUUCUGGGCACUCCUUGCUGAGUUAACCUUGAUAAAAAAGAUGUGGGUUGUAUGCUGCCAAACCCUUUGCACUUCUCACUAAGUGGCAAUGAAGAAGCAGACAAUUGGCGUCUGAAGUCCUGAAUCUAAAAAGAGGUAAACAGACUAGCACUAUAGUACCUUAGUUGCCAGUGCUGACUGAUAAAGGUUCCAGUGUAUACUCUUGAAGAGGGUGAAACAGCUUGCACAGAUUUCUCAGUGCCUAGCAGUCUGGCCUUCACAGGUCCGAGCACAAUUUGAAUGGUUUUGACAGAAUGACAGCUGAAGACUCCAGCACCAUGAUGAGUACAGAUGCUUGCAACAUGUCUUCAACUAAAGUCCAUGAAGGUGUUGCUGGUGCCCCUAAUGAAGCUACCCUGCUUGCACUUAUGGAACGUACAGGCUACACAAUGGUUCAAGAAAAUGGCCAACGUAAAUAUGGUGGACCUCCUCCUGGUUGGGAGGGACACCCUCCACCCCGUGGUUGCGAGGUCUUUAUUGGUAAAAUUCCGCGCGAUGUUUAUGAAGAUGAGCUUGUCCCCGUUUUUGAGUCUGUGGGACGAAUGUACGAGAUGCGCUUGAUGAUGGACUUUGAUGGUAAAAACCGAGGUUAUGCCUUUGUCAUGUUCACAGCCAAGCAUGAAGCCAAAAGAGCAGUCAGGGAGCUUAAUAACUAUGAGAUUCGCCCAGGGAGGUUGCUGGGCGUCUGCAGCAGUGUGGACAACUGCAGACUUUUCAUUGGGGGCAUUCCAAAAAUGAAAAAAAGAGAAGAGAUUUUAGAAGAGAUUUCUAAAGUAACAGAAGGUGUAUUAGAUGUGAUUGUCUAUGCCAGUGCAGCUGACAAAAUGAAGAACCGAGGAUUUGCAUUCGUAGAGUAUGAAAGUCACCGGGCUGCUGCUAUGGCACGGAGAAAACUGAUGCCCGGAAGAAUCCAGCUGUGGGGUCAUCAGAUUGCAGUCGACUGGGCUGAACCAGAGAUAGAUGUUGAUGAAGACGUGAUGGAAACUGUUAAAAUUCUUUAUGUGAGAAAUCUGAUGAUUGAAACCAUGGAGGACACGAUAAAAAAAAUCUUUAGCCAGUUCAACCCUGGCUGUGUGGAGCGGGUAAAGAAAAUUCGAGAUUACGCUUUUGUUCAUUUCACCACCAGGGAUGAUGCAGUCCUUGCCAUGGAGAAAUUAAAUGGAAUUGACCUUGAAGGUUCCUACAUUGAGGUGACCCUCGCCAAGCCUGUGGACAAAGAGCAGUAUAGUCGUUACCAGAAAGCAGCAAAAGGAGGACCAACAGAAACACCUCAACCAAACAUUGUUUACUCAUGUGAUCCCUACACACUAGCCUAUUAUGGGUACCCCUACAACACACUGAUUGGUCCCAACAGAGAAUAUUUUGCCAAAGGUCUACUAUCAAAUUGUACCCAAAUUUACAAUACAGCAGGCACUGUGCGUGGCCGAGGUAGAGGAGCAGCUGGCAACAGAGCAGCAGGACCUCGUGGAUCGUACCUGGGUGGAUAUUCUGCAGGCAGAGGUAUUUACAGCAGAUAUCAUGAAGGGAAGGCCAAGCAACAGGACAAAGCGUAUGAACUGAUACCCAGCUUAGAUCUGGCUACAGUCAGUCCAGUCGCUAUGAAACCUGGUGCAGUGGCCAUCCCUUCCAUUGGAACCCAAUACCAAGUGUUUCAGGCGGCUCCAGGCGCUAAACUAAUGGAAGAUAGCAAAAUGCAUCCAAUGGAACAUGUUCUUAAUCCUAUUGCUGUGCAAACUGAUCCUAAUGGAGCAACCAUCAUUCCUUCAGUUUCCACUCCUCCACCUUUUCAGACUCGGCCAAUAACUCCAGUAUAUGCAAUGGCCUCCAAUAUUCAACGAAUUCCGACAGCCGGGUUCUAUGGGGCAAGUUAUGUACCGAUUGCAGCUCCUGCUUCCGCUGCCACAAUGGCAACACUGCAAAAGAACGCAGCCACCGCUGCAGCAGUGGCAGCCUAUGGAGGAUAUGCUGGUUACGUACCACAGGCAUUCCCUACAGCAACCUUUCAAGUCCCUCUACAUGAUUUCUACCAAACUUAUUAGGAUUUUCUAACAAAGACAUUAUUGUAGUGAAGGAAUACACUGGUAUUUAUGAAGACAAAAAACAUAGUUUGAUGUGAAAGAUUCUUUUUUAGGACUUCAGCAAACGUCGCACCAAAAACUAUGUGAAAGAGAGACAAAUGUUUUAAAAAGUGCUAUUUGUUAGUAAAUUUUGAAAAGCAUGUUUUAAGAAUUUUUGAAGAUUAAUAAUCUUUUGGUAGAAACAAUUCUAUGCAUUUUUGUGAUGGAAAAACUUUUUUUUUAAUUCUUACUUUUAGCAGAUACUAAAAAUCUUCCGUCCAUAAGGUUCGAACAUUUUGAAUGUGGACAGCUAGAAACUGGAAAAAGGUGUGGAUUUUGACAUGUUAAUACUAUGAAGGUUUUGUGUGACUUGUUCACUCCAGUUAUCUAUUCUAUUUGGUGCCUUCAAGAAAAAAUCAGCCUUAACUGGAUUACAGUACGUGUAAAUAAAUACUAGUCAACAUUUAACCCAUAUAUUGUAUAACCAAAUUUAGGCCUGUAGCUUUUUAACUGGUCACCAAGAAUUGUGUAUGAUACUGGAAAGCCUUAUCUGUAUGUGUUGUUCCUGUGCUGAGCAACACUAUUUUUGUUUCUUUAAACUCUGCUGGGGAUCAGUCCUCGAGCUACGAUACUAAAGAAUUGGACUGUCAGCUAUGAGACCGAAACUUGACUUCUACUUUAUUAACCUUCACAAUUUGGCCUCUUACAGAGGCUGAAUUUCACCAGCUUCAAACUGGCUGUUUGUAGCAUUGACUUUGACAGAAUUGUUUUAAGUAUCCAGGGUUGGCUCCACAUGACUGAGGAAGAAAGUAUAUAUGUGUUUGUCUCUGGGGAUAGGAUAUGGGUAAUCUUGAAAGAGGAAGGAAAGCAAGGGAAAGAAAUACCCAUGGCAGCAUUAUACAGUCGCUUGAGGGUAAGUUAUUAUCCACUUAACAAAUACAAGGGGACUGAAACAUAAAGGAGAUUAAGUAUGACAUUAAGUAGAUGAUAAACCUUUAGUGGCAUGCUCAUCAUAGUAUAAGUUUCAUUUUCCUUUGCAUUGCUUUUUAUUUCUGUGUGUUCUGCUUUAAGUUCAGCUGUAUGAUGCUGGAUUUUUUUGGACAAGGACCAAAGUAGGCCUUGUUGGCAUGAAGCGCUAUAUUAAUAACUUUUAUCAUGUUAAAGAAAAUUCCUAGCUGAUUUGAGGUGGUCAUGUAGUUUGGGUAGUAGUGAUGUUGUAUUUUGGUUCUGUGUAACAAAUUAGAUUGUGUGUAUAUAUAUUAUGUUUUAAUAUAAGUUUAUGAGCAAAUGGCUUUUAUGGUGCAACAGCAAAUGAUAUGUGGGUUAUCACCGAAUUUUAUCAAUUUCUUUCAAUGCUGUUGAAGAAAAAGAAGAAAUCUUAUAUUAUAGUAGGAAUUAAAUAUAUUGUUGCAGUGUUUCAAUGGCCUGUUUAAAGGCUUUCCAAAAAAAAGUCCAUUUUAAAUAGUGUCGUGAUACUCAGUAAAACCUGCAUAAUGUGACCCCAUGAUUUGGGCUGACCAAAAGAAACUGCUGAUGACAGCCUGAUAUCCAGUUGAGCUACAUUCAUUGUUUUAACCUGGGAAAAAUGAUUGUUCAAGUGCUAUGGAUUAAUAUGGGGUUUUAGGUAACAGCUCUGGCCAUUUUACUCUAACACUCACUAUGUUUAUAGAAUAGAAGUUCCCUCAUUAUACUGCUUGCAUAUAAUGAUAAACUACCACAAACACUAAUAAUAACCAUUUAAGGGCACCAUUUUGAAGACAAACUAUAAUCAGUGAAUUUUUAAUGUUUCACAUUCUGUACCACCUCAUUCUGAUGGGAAGACAGAAUACUCCACCUACUGUAGAAUGGCAUUAUAAAGGCAGCUUGCUCCAUGUGCCAGUAUUGCCUUGAUUUCUCAGCUCUGAUAGCCCAGAGAGCUAAUGAAACAAAUUAUUUUGCCUCAUGCCUAAAAACUAAUGAGGCACAUUCGAGUUUUUAUGCACAUUCUGUAUAUCCAUACAUCACACACCAUAUAUUUUCAUUUUUCUUUUUGCAAUUCUCACUAUUUUUGUCAUUCUCAGAAUCUCACCAAAAAUAUCUCAGUUAUCACUGACUCUUUUAAAUCUAUUGUGCAAUAGUAUGUGCAGCCGUAAAUCGCAACAUUGGGCAGCGCCCCGCCAAGUUCAGGAACAGAGUCGAACAGGGCCCAGAAAUGCUGGCACCAACUGGCACCAUUCCCAGCACUGGCCCUUUUGGGGGGAGCCGGUUUUGGGACCUGUAAAGGCCACCUGCUCUCACUAGGCAGGCAGCCAAUUGGGCUCAGUAAGAGCCUUGUUAACAAUAUGUAAUGGGGGGCGACUAGAAAAUCUGAGUUCCUGAUGCAAUGGGGGGAAGUUCAACUGCCUGGAGGCGGGGACCAGUGGCAGGCCAGGGUGCCAGCCCUCUUGGUAGACCUACUGUCCCUUUCUCCAUGCCUGGGAAUGGGUGCAGACAAAGACCACGCUGCAAAAGGAUUCCCUCCCCAUAGUGGUGACCUGGUUGCUUUUUGUGUUUCUAAUUUAAAUUUUUAGAAGUGUUGCUGAGAGGGUACCUUCAUUUUUAAGCGCACUAGCUUCAAGAUCAGCCCUCCAGCUUUGACAGCCUGCCCACCGCCCUCAGUGGGACGCAGAAGCUGCCUCCAUGUCAGAGGGUGCCCUGGUCAAAAUCCCAAAGUGUGACUAUUUACCCCCUGGGGGAUGGCGGCAUUUGUUUCGGGACCUGGAAACAGCCUCAACUCCUGUUUCCCACCUCUAAUGCAAAAAUUCAGCCCAUCAUAUUCCUCACACUUGAUUUCCUUUUAAAGAUGUGUACAAUUCACCAGAAAUUGCUAAAUACAGGAACCCUGAUUACCAGAAACCUGCUUCCUAUUUACCCACUGGAGUAUUGGAUCUGGUAAGUAUCAAGCAAAGAAUGGCACAUGGACAAAAUUUCCUUACCAUGUAUACUAAUAGGACAGUAGUAAGCUCACUGUUUUGUGCAAAAAAAAGUUACAGUUAUUAAAAUUAGAUUUGAAUCAUAAACCAACAUUAAAGAAUUCCAAUGUCAUAGACACACAGAAAACAGCAACACUCCCACGGUGAACAAAGCACUCCCUUUGCCCAGUUAUUUUGUUCAGUAAUAUUGUUGAAUGCCUGGGGAAAUCUAUGGGUCCUGAGUAAAUUGUUCCCUUUAGUGGAGCCCAAAAUGAAAAGGAAUAAUGCUUUAAUUAUUUCACAGGUGGACCUUACCCAGAAAACUUGUUAAGACAUUACUCAGUAUUGUUUUAAAAGCAUUUUUUUAUGGGCCUCACCUUUUCUUUCUGUUGUUAUAUCUGUCAAAUUGGAUUCAAAAUUCAAAUUCCCCUGCAUGCAUUUAGUACAAGUAUUUUUAAAAAUCAUGAUUUAUUCAGUUACCAACAAAGUGGAUACUGCUGCUAGAAAGGUAACCUUCAUAGAAUUAUAAAUGCCCUAGUUCCUUUAAUUAAAUAUUCAUUUUCAAAGGGUGUCUACAGUAUCAUUUGCUUAUUAUAUAUAUUAAAUACCUUUUAUUAACAUACAAAGUAUCCAGGGUAACACCACUAGAUCAGUGCACAAAGUUGUCCAAAAAUAUAUUUUUUAGUUAUUUUAUUAUCUUAUAAAGAAGAGAGUGGGGUAUGGUGAGAUUUUGAGAUUCAUUUAUUCCAAAAUACUUUUAUUUGGCUACUGAGUUUGGCUUUUCUGGAUAGUCUUUCGUAGCCCAGUUAAGUAAGAAGAAUGUAGAUGUAUUUAAAUAAAAUAUUAUUUAACUUGCAAGACACAUUCUAGUCCAGUUAGAAGUGGGAGAGUUCUUUGAAAAAAAAAGAAGGGUUUCGAGUAACUUUGUGUCAGGUAGAAAGGUUUAAUGUAUUUUUAUUUGCUUAUCUUUGUACAAAGAAGGACCUAACAAUGAUCUAACAAAGCCAAAGUAUUGAUUGUCUGCUAUUGGCAAAGGCCUGUUAAAGGUCAAGGAACCUGUCAGUUAGGAUCCAUACUUGUGCUAUUCUGUUUUAGCCAUUUCAUUCAAACAGCAUUUUUUAUAUUUUAACUCAAAAUGUUGGUCUGGUGCAUAUAAAAGAACAAGGUAUACGUAGGCAAGACUUUUUAAACUAGUGUGCCUUAUUAAUAAACAAAUGCAUUACCAUCAGGUGUUUGAGCUCUUCAGCUAUAUAUUUCUAUUUUCCUUGUGUUUUAAAAGCUUGAGUUUAUUCUGUUGUUGCGUUUAUAUUUCUAAAGCAGUAGUCAAUAAAGCAAUAUGAAACCCA